AUGCCGGUAGUGGUAGUACUCAUUAUCGGACUCGUCUGCGCACGCGCAGCGGUGUCCCGCGCGCCGUGGGACACGGCCGGCCAGGAGCGUUUCAAGUGCAUCGCCUCCACCUACUACCGGGGAGCACAGGCCAUCGUGAUUGUCUUCGAUGUCAACGAUGUGGGGUCCCUGGAGCAUACACGGCAGUGGCUGGCUGAUGCCCUGAAGGAGAACGACCCAUCCAACGUGAUCCUCUUCUUGGUGGGCUCCAAGAAGGAUCUGAGCACGCCAGCACAGUACAGCCUGAUGGAGAAGGACGCUCUCAAGGUGGCUCAGGAGAUGCAGGCAGAGUACUGGGCUGUCUCCUCACUCACUGGGGAGAACGUGCGGGAUUUCUUCUUCCGAGUGGCAGCCCUGACCUUUGAGAGCAGCGUGGUGGCCGAGCUGGAGCGCGGCAGCAACACCCGCAGGAUCGGCGACACCGUGCGGAUCAGCAGCAAGGAGAGCGACCUGUACCUGUCAAUGCCCCGCAAGAAACCCAAGUGCUGCCAGUGAGGGGACAGCCCCAGUCCCCUCCAUGCUCACACCAAAGAGGGGCGACCCCGGCCGGCCCCGAGGAGACGUCCCUGCCUCCCCCAGC